AUGUGCCACAAUAGAAAUAAAGAAAGGGACAGUGAUGGUGUUGAUGUUGGUCCUGAAACUCAUAUCAGAGGUGUUAAUGCAGAGGAGACGUACAUAUACCUGGGAAUGAAAGAGGUGGAAGGAAUUCAACAGCAAAUGAUGAAGGAGCAAAUAAAAAAAGAGUAUAACAAUAGAAUAAGAUCCAUAUUAAAGACCCAGUUGAAUGCCAAAAAUAAAGUGAUAGCCAUUAACAGCCUAGCAAUCCCGCAACUACAAAACCAACAACCACAACAGCAACAACAACAAAUAAACAACAACAACUACAACAACAACCACAACCACAAAAAAAACAACAAAGGCGGCAAAAAGACUUCCAGAGGGGGUCGCCGGGUCAACCAGGGCAAUCUGGUCAACAAGCGUCUAAGUGAAUAUUCAACUAUUGGUCUUAAAACCAUGGUACUGUGCUUUGAUGGGUUCAAUAAUGCCAAAUCACAAAAGCACAACCCCGAUCGGUGGAUGAACGCUGUGUCAUCUUGUAUUGAACAGGGAAACCUGUCCUCGGCUGUCAGACUUGUCUGUUCGCCGGAUGGCCUGACGGAGAGCUCGCCAGCCACUUUCAAUAAAUUUUGUUCCAUCCACCCAAAAAUUCCGGUGGACAGGCGGGUCUUCCCCGCAUUGGCACCAACGGCUGGUUGCGUUUCUCCCGCCGAGGUGCUGAGGGCCGUUAAACCGUUCAAAAACGGUUCUUCCGGAGGCUUGGACGGCCUAUGA